CCACCAGGACGGGGUCCCAGACCGCCUUCCCACAACACCAUCGCCCAGCUGACCUGGAGCGGUUGCUUCCCGAACGCCGAUUAGGAGCUGAACAUCCUGUUUUGGUACUCGUUGGCACCUGCACCCCUGGAUGCUGGGAAUUCGGGAUCUGCCUGGUCGCGGUUAUGCAGGAAAACUUCACCGGUGGUGGACCUUUUAAGCUACUUGUUGCCAGCCGGCGACGACGACGACGAGGUUGCCUCUCCCCCACCUUCUGCCAUCCCUCGGGCCAGGAAGUCUCUGUACUCGCGGAUCCUUGAGGAUUUCGUCUGCACCCAGACUCAACCCCGACGAUCCUUCAACGGUCCUGGUGGCGCUCGACUAGACCGGGAAGAGUCGCCAAUCAUACUCACUAUUCAAUUCAAUCGCACGUGGCAAGAUGUCGACAGCACCGAUCGACCUUGCAGUUACCGACUCGACGAUAGGAGCGCUUCAAAUCGGAACGCUAUUCUCAGCAUUCCUAUUCGGCGUCGUCACGCUUCAGUUGAUAACGUACUAUCAGCGGUUCAAGGAGGAUAAACUGCACCUAAAGCUCUUGGUUUCGGCGAUCUGGGUACUUGAAUUGGCGCACACCUUCUGUAUCGCAGCGGAGGUGUACAAAGCUACGAUCACCAACUAUGGGAGGCCCGAAAAUCUCUUCCCCUUCAAAUUCAUCGGAGCUUCGACGGCGACUGGAGGAGGAGUAACAUUCUUGGCCCACACCUUCUUCGCCGUUCGUGUCUGGCGCGUUCUACCCCGGUGGUGGAACAUGAUAGGCGCCGUCUGCCAGGUCGUCGCUGCCGUUCGCUUCAUCGGGUCAAUCAUCCUCGCUAUCAACGCUAUUAAGGCGACCGUGCUCGAGGAUUACCGAAACCAGUGGGGCUGGUUGAUCAUGUCCCUCUUGAUGGUUGGAGCGUUGAUCGAUAUCGCCAUCGCGGGUUCGAUGCUUUAUUGGUUGCACAGACAGAGGGCGAAGGUCUUCAAGAGAGCGACAGACUUGAUCGAUAAGAUCGUCCAGUACACGAUUUGCACCGCGCUCCUUCCGAGUCUGACGGCGAUAGUUAUGGUUAUCACGUUCAAUGUCGACACCAAUGCCAUGAUCUGGCUUGCCAUUUAUGCGUCCCUAGCCAAGCUGUACUCUAACAGCGUUCUCGCAUCACUCAACUCUCGAAAGACGUUGAGGUCAACGCUAUCACAACAAACGUCCUCUAUCGAACCCUCGUCUCGGGUGAGUCGCACGGCUCCUCGGGGUCAAAUGGUCAUCUCUGUCGAGAUGAAGUCGACGGUCACGCAUGAUGGGGGUGAUCUUCCGGGCGACAUUUCGAGGAGACCUGAGAAGUCCCCGAUGCUCGAGGAGAGACAUCCGAACUCUCCUCUCGGAACGCCAAAGAGUGGGUGGUCGGACACUCACAGAAUCGUAUGA